CAGAAUUUACUGUAGAGGUUGCUCAGUCCACCACUGGCUACGAGCUAUCGCUGCCAGAUUUGUCUGCUCUGGCGUCCCUCCAGUUCUCUGACGCUACAGUUGCAUCCGCCCUUACUAUAAUCUAUGCGUCUUCUUUUCCAUCCUUUCUCUGGCUGUGCGCAACAGCACGCACUCAACCGAUGAGAAGUUGGUACUCAGCCUUCAACCUUGGAUUUAUGGCGUUCGGCGUUACUCUGAAGGGGCUGCUAUAUCUUGGCCUUGUUCCCCUCGUUGCAGCAGUUGUCUCAUUAAUUGUUUCCGCGGUUGGAUACUUAGGGUUCCGUUACCCGGAUCCAGCAUUCGUCAUCUGUGGCCCUCUAUGGGGAUCCUACCUUCUCACAAACCUCGUACACAUGCUCACUGUUGCCAACGCUGCGAACAUGUACCUGGGACUCGGAAGAUGGAUCUGGCUUCUGUUACCCAUCUCUCUCGGUACUUUCGGUUUAUACCUUUUGUGGGAGAGUAAGAACCGAAGGAUGGCACAGAAUUUUAUCACUGCGUUCACGAGCGCCUUUGGCGCCGUGGCUGGCGUAUCAAUUAUGCUCUCCUACUUCUGUGCGCACACGAACAGCCCCUUCGACCUUGUUUCAUUUAUGACAUAUCCAACAGGAUUUCGAUGGAGCGACUCUGGAGACGUUGGCAUGCUGGUGCUCCUGGUAGCUCUGGUCAUCGGUGGCAUGAGAAUCUCGGUUGCUAGGGACAGACAGCAAGAUAGUCCCGGAUUUGGAGAGGACCGAGAGGGUUCCCUGGCUCUCGCAAAGAAGCUCGUUGCAGGUGGUUACGAGCGCGUGAGCAGAACAGUUAGCUCAGUAUCGGUGGACUCUGCGCCCUUCCUUUCGUUUGCAGGCUCUCGAAGCGACGUAGGAACUAAAAGGCGCAUGGAAGCACCAGGCGGCGGGACAAACGAGAGUGCGUCCCGUCGUGGACCAAAGAGUCUUGGAAUCAAGAACCUACUACAGAAGUUUGAGAGCACGGAGGACUACGACACGAAGGACUGCUCUACUGAUGAUGAUUCUCCCGUCUCGCUUCGUAGAACUUUAGGCGAUUUGACUCCCACGACAGCUUCUUCUGUCAAGGUGCUCCAGAGCACGUCGAAAAAUCUUCUCGACGAAUACGAUGCUUGCUUCUCUUUGGUGACUGUUGCUGAAACAGAAGACUUCUGUAGUGUUUUGUAGUUGCAUAGACACAAGUUGCUAUCUGACAGAACAACGUGCAGCAUAACUCUAUCAUCCGACUCAACUGCAGAAAUAUGUCGCCAGUUUCUGUUACACAGAAAACACACCGUGCGUUGUGACACAGUAACUGGCGAGUCCAGCUGUGGCUCAGCUUGGUGAACUCGGCAUUAUCUGCUCAAAAAGACACAAGAAGGCUGCCACCCGAAACAUAAUAACAGUUUACUUCGCGGACUAUUUGCGGUGCAGUUCUUGGCAGCAAGUUGUCAGCGUUGUCGUUGUUGCUGUUGCUCGAGGACAACACCGGCAUACGGCUACAGGUGUGGACAAAAAUUGUCACAUAUUACAUGCUGGUGUCUGCUGCUACUGCCACGGCACGGCGCCGCCGUCGCCAAGAACACGGGGGAUGAAUAUAGUAUCAAGAAAUAGUUUUCAGCUG